AUGCCUCGUGGUCAUAAGAGUAAGCUGCGUGCCCGUCAGAAACGUCACCAGCUCCGAGCUGACACCCGCGGUGCACAGGAGGAAGAGUCUCCCCUCUCCUCCUCACCUCCUGUUGGGGAGUCCCCCGAGAGCGUUCCUGGUGUUCUGGUGUCCCAGGGGCCUGUGGGAGCCCAGUCCACCACCACAGCUGCCGCAAGUGGUACCUUCACAAGAGCUGCCAAGGGCCAGGAAGAGGGAAGGCCAAGUUCAUCUGGGGCACCACCCGCCACUGACAGCACUAAAAGUGACCUCAUAUCCAUUAAGGCGGGUAUGCUCUUACAGUACCUGCUGGAGAAGUUUAAAAGGAGAGAGCCCGUUAUGAAGUCGGAAAUGAUGAAGGUUCUUGGUAGAAAGUACAAGCAGUCCUUCCCUGAGAUCAUGAAUAUAACCACUGAACUGCUGGAGCUGGUAUUUGGUCUUGUCCUGAAGGAAAUGGACACCAUCACCCAAUCCUAUGUCCUCCUGCGGAAACUCUGCCUCACGGAGGACGAAAGAAAUCUGGAUGGUGAUGAUGACAGGGAGUUUCCUAGGAAUGGGCUCCUGCUGGCUCUCCUGGCCUUGAUCUAUAUAAAUGGCAAACGGGUCACUGAGGAAGAUAUGUGGGAAUACCUGAAUAUGUUGGGGGUGUAUGAUGGGGAGAAGCACGUCUUCUUUGGGGAGCCCAGAAAAUUCCUUAUGAAAGAUAUGGUUCAGGAAAAGUACCUGGAGUACGUGCAGGUGCCCAAUAGUGAUCCCCCACGCUUUGAAUUCCAGUGGGGCCCCAGGGCCCAUGCUGAAACCAGCAAAAUGCAAGCCCUCGAGUUUUAUGCCAAGGUCACUGGUGCAGUCCCCACUGACUUCCCCCUUCAAUAUGAGGAGGCCUUGAGAGAGGAGGAAAUGCAAGCCAAAGCCCGAGUUGCAGCCAAAGCUAGUCGUGCUACAAAGUCCAGGGCAUGUGCCAGUGCCUCAUCAGGCAGCUCCUCCAACCCAUAA